UACUUUUUGUUUUUUUUUUGGUAGUGAAUUAUUGACGAUAUUUUGCUCCCCGCCGGUGGGUGCAUAACGCAGAAUCCACCUCCGGCACCCGGAUUUUAGAUCGUGCCAGUGACAGAGUACGUGUCUCCGGCUAUGCUCUGUUGCUGACUAGGAAGCCAUCCCUUUGCGGGGCCCGCAUCCAUUUCAACCGACAGGGCAGACGACAGCCUCAAAAUCUCUUUUUCUAUGUCCACCUUCCUCUCCACCACCACCACCACCACCGCUUCUCCAAAUCCAGGAAUUCGCCGUAACCCUUCUCCCGGCCUCCGCCUCGUAUCGCCCCGCCGCCGCCAGCCCUCUCUUCCGCCGGAUUCGGAAAUCUGACAUUCUCUUCCCCCGGCCAAAUCGACGGUCCUAAAGAGAGGGAGGGUUCAGCGGAAGAUUUGUCUUCAAUACUGUAACUGGCAUGGGCAUUACGAGCGAGGACGUCGUCCUGAUUCAGCCGGCGAAGACCCCCGACGACCCCACCGUCGUCACCGUCAAUUGCCCAGAUAAAGCGGGUCUCGGCUGUGAUAUCUGCCGCAUAAUUCUGGAUUUCGGCCUUCGAAUUAAUCGAGCAGAUUUCUCGACGGACGGGAGAUGGUGUUAUAUGGUGUUCUGGGUGGCGCCAUACUCGAGCUCGCAUCGAGUUGAUUGGGAUAGCUUGAAGAAUCGGGUCUACUAUGAAACCCCUUCCUGCUUGGGUCCUUACUAUUUUGGAAAGAAGUCAAAUGGUCCCUCAUCUUUGUACCUUUUGAAGAUCUUUUGUGCUGACAGAAAAGGGUUGCUCCAUGAUGUGACCAAAGUUCUCACGGAGCUCGAGUUGACGAUCCAGAGAGUGAAAGUUACGACGACUCCAGACAAUCGAGUUGUGGACUUGUUUCUGAUCACAGACACCUUGGAGCUUUUGCACACCAAACAAAGGCAAGAUGAUACAUGCAGAUAUUUGGUCGAUGUGUUUAAAGACAACUGUGUCGACUGUGAGCUGCAAGUGGCAGGGCCCGAGUAUGAAACCCUACGGGCUUUCUCGUCCAUCCCAGAGGCCGUUGCAGAAGAGCUGUUUGGUCCUGAUCUCUUUGAAACGGAUUCAGGUGAACAAAAGGGUGAAAAGAGAGAGAAGGCCACCAUUACAGUUGAUAAUCAGUUGAGUCCUGCUCAUACAUUGCUCCAAAUAGAGUGUGUUGAUCAGAAAGGCCUCUUUUAUGACAUCUUGAGGGCUUCAAAGGAAUGCAAUAUAUGGGUAGCUUACGGUAGAUUCGCUCAAAGCAAUAAAGGAAUUCGGAAUGCAGAUUUGAUCAUUCAGCAAACAAACGGGAAGAAGAUUGUGGAUCCUAAGCAUCUCGAUAUCUUGUGCACUCGUUUAAAGCUGGCGAUUGUUCAUCCGCUUCGGGUGAUCAUUGUUAGCCGAGGUCCAGAUACCGAGCUUUUGGUUGCCAACCCGGUCGAAUUAUCUGGUAAGGGAAGACCGCGUGUUUUCUAUGACGUUACAACAGCUCUAAGAAAGUCUGGAAUAUGCAUAUUCUCGGCUGAAAUCGGAAGGCACUCGACCCAGGAUCAUGAGUGGGAAGUUUACAGAUUUCUCUUGGAUGAGAGCUGUGAGUUCCCGCUGUCAAGCCCUGAAUCCAGAAGCAAGGUAGUGAACAGAGUCAGGAAAGCACUAAUGGGAUGGUAGGAACAACGCGAACUUCCAUGGCCCGGUAACCGAUCCCAAGCCUGAGCUGAUCGAGGUCGUAGUACAAAACUACGAAUGCCAUCCGAGAUCAACUGGCUCUCUUCCUUCGAAAUAACUCACACUGGAUAUGUCAACCCAAAGCCCUUGUUGUAAUACUUAGCAGGCAAUUCAUCCUUUUCUUCAGGUGAGGAUUGUACAUAUUUGUUGUUGAGGCCACAGUAAUAACCCGUUUCAGGCCAUAUCUAUAUAUAUAUAUGUAUCAUUUGUGUAUGUCGUAGUCUCGAUUUUCUUGGUUAUGGCGGAGGACAUAACCAGAUGAACGUCACCAUCUUCUCUAUAAUACAGUGUGCUAACCAAACACUAUCAAUAUCAUACCGUAUAAUUCCUUGCCAGAAAACAUCUCCACGAUUCCCACAAUUCCCAUAAGCUCCACCGACCCUCUUAGAGUGAGGAUGUAUAUGUUUCUUUCUUCUCUAAGCUGCACAUUGUUGUUCUUCUGUUCUAUUCUCUGUUUUUUACUCUGUUUUUCUUCUUCCUUACUCUGUUCUAUUGCCGGUCAAGGGUACCUAUCAAUAGCUGUCUCAUAAUAUGGCCGUUUCUCACUCUGUUCGAAUAAUAAAUGACUGUCGCCACUCUGUUAUCCAAGCAUAGGGAUCUCCGAAUUCAUUUUUCAUUUGAGGAUUGAGAAGCUCUAUUUCAUAGCAGAUUUCCUGGCUCGCACUCCGAGGCUUAGGCUCAUCUGAAGAUAACAAUCGGAGAGAAAUGUGUACUUUAGAGAAGCGAGGUAACGUCUACAUCCUCACGUUGACCGGCGCCGGCGAGCACCGGCUGAACCCCAAUCUCCUCGACUCCAUCCAGUCGGCCCUCCGCCGGCUUCAUGCCGAACCAGCCAACCCUUCCUCCGUUCUAAUCACCACCGCCGAAGGCAAAUUCUUCUCCAACGGCUACGAUCUGGCCUGGGCCGAAACCCCCUCCGCCGUCGCCGCCGCCUCGGCAACUCCCGGAGGCCAAAAUCCCUUCCAGCUCAUGUCAGCGAAGCUUCGCUCAGUGGUCGCCGACCUCAUCACGCUACCCAUGCCGACAAUCGCCGCCGUCACGGGCCACGCGGCCGCGGCGGGGUUUAUCCUCGCCUUGAGCCACGAUUACGUCCUCAUGCGGAGGGACCGAGGGUUCAUCUACAUGAGCGAGGUCGACAUCGGGCUGGUGGUCUCGGCGUGGUUCAUGUCGGUGCUCAAGUGUAAGAUCGGGGACGCGGCUGCGCGGAGGGAUCUGGUGCUGCGGGCGGCGAAGGUCACGGCGGGUGCGGCGGCGGAACGAGGGAUUGUGCACUCGGCGCACGAUAGCGCUGAGGGGACAUUGGCGGCGGCGGUUGAAUUGGGGGAGGAGCUGGCCAGGAGGAAGUGGAACGGACACGUGUACGCUCGUAAUAGGAUGGUGAUGAUGGGUGAGGUUUUGGAAAAGAUCGGGUUCGACGAGACCGUUGAGGGGCAGAACGGGAAUAAGAUUAAGGCUCAUCUGUGAUCCAUCUAAAUGUAACGGGCUAAUAGCUUGUCUGUUUUGAGCUGGGCCCAGUUUGCCUUUAAUUCAUAGGACUGCGAUGUCUACUGGGCUUAAGGUCAGCCCAAUUUAAGAAUGUGGGGUUGGACCGAUCUAAUUUUUAAAUUUGCCAUGGAAGUCCUUAUAUAUGAAGAGGUAACAAAUGUGCCUUUCUAUUACUUUAUAUUUUCUAUUAUUAUAUAAGAUCCCUCUUUAUUAUGAAAACUCAUUCUUAAUGAGAAUAUGUUUGAAGAUAAUAAGUUCAUCACCUUCGUUAUUAAUAAAUGAUUACUAAG